CGUUUUUCCAGUCAUCAUCAUUCAUUCGGUGUAGUGUGUUGAACAACGAGCUGCUAAAGAGGAAAACCGGAGGAAAGUACAGACAACACUGAUCCGCGGCUGUAGUUAUUAACAACUUUUUCCGAUCUGCAAUUAACGCAAAUUCGAUAAGCAGGCGCACACGUACAUUCCUCGUUCGUCGUUGAUUAUCGGUGUUUAGUGCGUUUAUACGAGAGUAGCAGAUUAAACAAGCCGUGAAAACAAGCAGCGCUCUCAUCCUGUGCAAUCAACACAGAAGAAAAUCGAUUCCAUUGUGCUUUGCUUCUGCUGCUGCCGUCGUUCGUUGCCGAUGAUUUGCUGACAAUCGCAGUCUUGCUGAGCGCUAACUAUUGGGGACAGUGUUUUAUUUUGUGUUUGCUCGCCGGAAACUGCUGCUCGUAGCUGGAAUUCGCUUCCUAAAACGAAAGAAAAAUCAUCGAAACUGGACAGUCUCAGGAGAACGGGCAGCGGCAAAAUGUCGACGGAGUCGGGAAAGACGUUUUCCAACGUGGAAACAUCGGGUUACGUAGGUUUUGCCAAUUUGCCCAACCAGGUGCACCGUAAGUCGGUCAAGAAGGGAUUCGAGUUCACACUGAUGGUGGUCGGUGAGUCGGGCCUGGGAAAGUCCACCCUGGUGAACAGCUUGUUUCUCAGUGAUCUCUACCCGGAGCGGGUGGUUCCGGAUGCAAUAGAGAAGCAGAACCAGACAGUGAAGCUGGACGCGUCCACAGUGGAGAUCGAGGAACGUGGUGUGAAGCUACGAUUGACGGUGGUCGAUACGCCCGGAUUCGGUGAUGCCAUUGAUAACAGUGACAGUUUCAGUGCCAUUCUGGAGUACAUCGACGAGCAGUACGAACGUUUCCUGAGGGACGAGAGCGGUCUCAACCGGAGGAACAUCGUAGACAAUAGGAUACACUGCUGUUUCUAUUUCAUUUCGCCCUUUGGGCAUGGGAUGAAACCAUUGGACAUUGAGUUCAUGAAGAAGCUCCACUGCAAGGUGAACAUCGUCCCGGUGAUUGCGAAAGCCGACGUGCUGACCAAGAAGGAAAUCCAGCGCCUCAAGUGCCGAAUCCUGCAGGAAAUCGAAGACAAUGGGAUCAAAAUCUAUCCACUGCCAGAUUGUGAUAGCGACGAGGACGAGGACUACAAGGAACAGGUGCGACAGCUGAAGGAAGCAGUACCGUUUGCGGUGUGUGGCUCCACCACGCUGCUGGAGGUUAAGGGGCGCAAGGUUCGCGGCCGGUUGUACCCGUGGGGAGUGGUGGAGGUGGAAAAUCCCGAGCAUUGCGAUUUUAUCAAACUGCGGACGAUGUUGAUCACCCACAUGCAGGACCUGCAGGAGGUAACCCAGGAGGUGCACUACGAAAACUACCGCUCGGAACGACUGGCCAAAUCGGUGCGCAAGAACACCAACCCGAUUAUCAAGGACGAAAACGGCACCUCCAACGAGAUGAUGUCCUCCGACAAGGACCGAAUCCUGCGCGAAAAGGAGGAGGAAAUCCGUCGGAUGCAAGAAAAGCUCGCCCAGAUGCAGGCCAAAAUACAGGCACAGAAAUAAAGCUUACAGCGGGCAAAGUGACAAUGGAUUCGGGAAAUUUUAAUCUAGAUCCUCCCCGGUGGGUGUGGAGUGGUGGUAUGUUUCCGGGCGCAGUGCGAUACAGAGAAGUUCUACAACUCAGAGCCAAUUCACCUCCAUUCUAGGGCUAGCUCACAACCAACAACGUCCACGUCCACGCACAACUCCCUUGUGUAGAAUAUUGCAAUCGCACGAAAAUAAGCAAUGUGGAUUAAUAUUUUAGAAGUUGAUUGUCAUUUUUGCAAGAAAACGAAAAACUAGACAUACCUACUUUAUUACGAUAUAGCAUGACACAAAACUCAAAUAAACAACACAAAAAAGCGGAUCGCUCAUCAUUUUCAGGCAUUACACACUCGUUCUCUCUACCGUGAAGGGAUCAUUUUUGUCUAAGUGAAAUUUAAAUCAAAAAAGUACAAAAAUCAUCCAGCACAAGUUUGUCAGAAGAAAAAAAAAAAUGCUGUUUAAAUGUCUCCCUAGGUUCGGCAGCCAGCUUGGAAACAAGAAAAAUGUUUAGUCAGCUUCGAGUGCCAUCAUCGAAUUGAGUUUAAAAAAAUCAUCGUUUUGUUUGUUGCUUCCCUCGUGAAUCGAAUCUCCUUAGAAUUAUAAUUGGGCAAUCAAAGUCUUAGCACAGAUUUCAGUGUAUUCUCUCUAGAAUGGAAAUUCCGAAUUCGUAAUCCCGAAAUCAUGUGUUUAACGUAUGUAACAUUUUCCCUGCGUAUUUCGUUUUUCGCGGUUACAAUUAGAGUAUGUGAGCAAUAAGUAAAAAAGGAAGAUAUUGCGAAGGAAGAUUUUAUUUUUCGAUAGCUUUUUUAUCGAACCGUAAACAAUGUAAGUGAAUCGUAUCUAAAAAUAAGUAUUUUUGAAACACUCGUGCAGAAAUUGCUUCAAUUUUCGCUUGCUAGAAAACAGAAAGUGCAACAGAACAGCGACAAGACAAAACAAAACAAGCAAAAUACUAAACUUUUUUAAGGACGAAAUCAUCAUUAGUUGCUAGUGGUACUUAAUAUUUUGAAGAAGAAAAUAAAAUCGUUUAUAGGAAUCCUAAAGUCCUGUCUUGGGUGGUAGAGCGCUUUGUAUUGCUAGACUGCAGAGAGAUUACGGCCGAUGAUUGAGCAACUGGAGCUAGUAGAUAGGGAUUCUUUCGUGACAUAAGUGUCUCUUUCUCUCACUUUCUGGGAAUCAAGCGUGAGUGGCCAAGGAUGCCAAGGAAUUAUAUAUAAAAGAAGUUCGCAAGAAAGAGAAUGAAUAGAAGGUCGGAUUUAUUGGAACAGUAUAUACAUAUAUGUAUUGGUUUUCUUUAUUGUAACUAUUUUUUGACUAUUCAACGAAAUAAACCAAUAUAGGAUUAUAAUUUAA